GCUGUGUUGUUGGUGGGGCACAACUUAUUUCGAAUGACCUCUGCGGGGUUAGGGUAUGUAAGUUCUUUAUUCUUGGAAACUUCUUAAACGCUUGGAGUCUUUGCAGUCGGAAGCCUUCCAGGUCUAGCCGGACUAUCAAUGAGAAGAUACUUUUGGCGACCGGAAUGAUGCCAUGAAGGAAACGAUCAAUCGCGGCUGUUUGUUAGACAUUUCGCAUACCUAGGUACCCACAUUCAUUCCUCGAUAUAGGGUAGCUCAGAUAUUCCAAACUUGAUUUUCAUACAUACUGUCCUAGGGAGGACUUGACGAUUCGUCAAACCUGGAACCCCCACUCCCAGCCUAUCUUUGAUCUACUUACUGUUCAGCUGAGUCACAAGUGUGCUCCAAAAAAAAAAAAAAAAAAAAAACUAUUAGAUCCUCACAGUCUCAAUUUUAUGACGAUAAGCAAAAGCCCUGAGAUUUGGUUCUGUUUUUCUUUUUUUGCGAGAUCAUUCCGUUCAAACUUGAACCCAUCGUCGGAUUGAUACCCCUCGUCAGAUUCUCAUCCACCAACGACAAGCAUCAUGACCACAUCGGCGCCCCGGAAAACAGUAAACUUUAUAACAGGCAACCAAAACAAGUUGGCCGAGGUCCAGGCCAUCCUAGAACCUACAAUCGAAGUCCAGAGCCAAAAGCUCGACCUGAUCGAGGUCCAGGGCACCCUCGAGGAGGUGACGCUCGACAAGGUCCGCAGGGCCGCCGAGCAGGUCGAGGGGCCCGUUCUCGUCGAGGACACAUGCUUAUGCUUCAACGCACUCAAGGGUCUUCCAGGCCCCUACAUUAAAUGGUUCAUGGAGUCCAUCGGCCACGAUGGCCUCAACAACCUCCUGGCAGCCUAUGAGGACAAGUCGGCCCAGGCGGUCUGCACAUUCGGCUACUCAGCAGGUCCAGGAAGCGAGCCUAUUUUGUUCCAAGGCAUUACUGAGGGCAAGAUUGUUCCCCCGCGAGGUCCUCCAUUUUUCGGCUGGGACGCCAUCUUCGAAUACGAAGGCCAAACAUAUGCCGAGAUGGACAAGGCAGAGAAGAACAAGAUAUCACACAGAGGCAAGGCUCUGGAGAAGCUUCAGGCAUGGUUCGCUCAGCGGGAGAACUAAUGCUUCAAGUCGACACAGUGUUACCGUCAAAUUGAGAAGGAGGUUGUAAAGGGAAGGCUUUGUCAAUUUAUCAUCUGGUAUCUCAACUCUCAUCCCCCACAAUGCCUUCGCUAUCUCACGCUCUUACUCGUAACCCACUUGUAAUGACGCAUAGUGGGAGACCAAAGUUUUGGCGCCCCCAUUGACAAACAAGACAACAACCAUUGAAAUGCACAAGCGAUGCCUAAUAUAUGGUGAUCCGAACCGCUUCAUGAGAAAAUUGCAACCCUAGACUCCAGGCUAGAUGCCAACAUAAACGAGAAAAUGAUGCGUCAUAAAGAUAUAAUACAAAGUGCAGCCUCGCCCUCGGC